GGCAUGGAAGCAGAGAGCUAGCAUCACUUUGCCUGUUAGCAAACAUUCAUGCAGCGUUCGGGCCGUUUGUGAGCAGAGCCACGCACAAAAUCCUCACCAUGGCUUCUCGAGCAGGUCCGAGAGCAGCCGGCACGGACGGCAGUGACUUUGAGCACCGGGAGCGGGUCGCCAAACACUACCAGAUGAGUGUCGCCUUGAAGUCUGAAGUCCGUAAACUCAACAUUGUCCACGUUCUGAUCUGGGUCCUGAUGGCAGCUCAGGUGACGGUGAGCCAGCUGGGCCUGGUGUCGUACAAGGUGGUGGCCACGCCGUACCAGUGGGAGUAUCCGUACCUGCUGAGCAUCAUCCCCACAGUCUUCAGCUUCCUGGCGUUGCCUCGCAACAACAUCAGCUACCUGGUGAUUUCCAUGAUCAGCGGGGGGCUUUUCUGCGUGGCCCCCCUGCUCUACGGCAGCAUGGAGAUGUUCCCGGUGGCGCAGCAGCUGUACCGUCACGGCAAAGCGUACCGCUUCAUCUUUGGCUUCUCCGCCGUGUCGGUCAUGUACCUGGUGAUUGUCAUAGCGGUGCAGGUGCACGGCUGGCAGAUCUACUACAGCAAGAAGCUGCUGGACCAGUGGUUUGCCUCCACCACCACGCCGGACAAGAAGAAGAAAUGAGUUGUGCACCAACGAGAGACUCAAAUGGGAAGUUGUUUUUUCCAAACUUUGUCUGGAUUUCUAUUUGACAUGCUGUCUGAAA